AUGCAUGUUGCACCCCGUGGUGGGUAUUCAAUUAAAAAUUCCAAGCAAUUUUUUCAAAGAUAUGAAUCCUAUUUAAAACCAACUUUGAAAAUUGCACAAAUUCUUCUCUCGGCUGGAAAUCUUGAUAUUCCACAACUAGAAAAUGUGUCAAUCGCUAACAAUAAUACAGUACCAUUGGAAAUGAAUACGCUUGCGUAUCGCCAAGACAUGGAGCAGCGAUUAAAAUUUGUUGAUAUCUUAGUAAAUCAAAUCGAUGGCAAGCAAACACCACGGCGAGGUGAAAACUUACGAGAAAUUCUAACGUAUCUUGAAUUUGUUGACGACGAGCACAGUCUGGGAAAGUUAGACUGUGCAGUUACUGAUGAUGGUCAUGUUCGCUGGGUCUGUCCUGAGCACUAUGAUGAAAUUAGUUUUAAUGAUAACAUGAGUCGCUACAUUAAUGAUUUCAAAGUCAUGGGCGGAAAAUUCGAUCAAAAGACCGAAGAAGCAAUUGUAAUUGGAGUGAAUGUGACUGAGGGCAACAUUAACAUGAUAUGUGAUGCCCUCACCAAGGGGUUUAACAUUGUAAAGCUAAAUUUUCAAGAUUGUUCGUUCUAUGAAGGUUAUCUCGAAACAUUAUUUGACACCAUCAUCAACCGUUCUUCAAUUCGUUGCCUGAAUAUGACUACUGUUCGUGUGCGCAACUACGUGGGUAUGGUGAAAUAUACUUGUAAAAAUAUGGUCGUCGAAUUAAAAAAUCAAUCAUUAAAAGUUCGUUUCAACGGUACGUAUAAUGGAAAUACAUCCAUACUAGGUCUGAUUUUACUACGAAAUAAGAUACAUCGAACAUUGAAUAUUUCUGCGGGCGACUUUCUUGGACACGAAUCUGACCUUCAGCAGUGUCUCCAAACAAAUGGAGUUGUGACAGAACUAAUUGUACAGUACUUCACGAAUAUCGCUAUCCUCAAUACUAUACUUAACUUGAGAACGAACGUAUUGCAUCAAUUAAAAUUGACUCAGGGGUUGUGGAUUUCCUCAAUUCUACCUCCGUUCUGGGAAAUGCUGACGAAAAAUGCAACGUUUGUUGAAAUCGACUUAAUGGAUCAUAUUGGAUUCAAGGAAGAAACUUUUGUUAUUAAACUUUUGGACAUCUUAAGAGAAUCGAAGCCAACGAAGUAUCUUAGCUUACACAUUAAAGAUAUACAGCCAUCGAAUAAAAAAGAAACCUAUUUAAUUAAAUCGUUAACUGAUUAUAGCUUUAUUUCACGUCUCUGUAUAUCUGAAUCGGUUGUCUCACGAAAAUUAAUUGAUGCACUCUGUAUUGCUUCAAAAAUGCGUGGCACUUUGACUUACGUGAAUUUUUAUAAUAGCCAAGUGAACGAAGAAGAUAAAGCUGAGCUGCACUCGUUGUAUGAGACUGGUAAUUUGCUUCAACUGGGUUUUUAUGAGCAAUCGCGUUGGCAUAUAACGGUUGGGGAAUCAAACGAGCGACCAAGCAGAGGUAAAAGCACUAAAAUUUUGAAUUUCAUUCUUGUUGAUGAGAAUAAUUUACAAGGAAAGCAACAGAUAUUUAUUGGCGACAGUGAUCCUAAAUUCGCUUAG